AUGGCACAAGCUGCAUGGCAAAUCAGAGAGAAGCCUUUAGACAGGCUCGACAAUGUUGAGAAAGACCGUAGCUGGACAACGCGUGAACUCUCGUCCUCGUCAUUUGCACCAGAAAAGCAUAUCAUGCUGAUGGUAGUGGACAGACCUCCCUCCCGGAUCAGAAAUUUUAUCGAUGGAGCCCUCUGGAGCAGCAAGCUUCUGGUCGAGGACGGCGCGGAUCAAUGGGGAAACUCAUGGCAGAACGCGAAUACAAAUCAACGCAUGCUAUACACAGUUGCACCUGACAUGGUCCCUGAACCAUUAAGCUGGAGUACUCUCGAGGCCAAUCCAGAUGGACACUUCUUUCUCUGCAAAUUUGUCAACCUGGCCGACGAAAUCCCCGACCCCUCCUUGGUCUGCAAGAAGCUGGCAGAACUUCAUAGAAAAAGCAUCACAAUGUCACCGAAUGGGAUGUAUGGAUUCGAAAUGCAACUUGCAAUGGCAUCUUCCCUCAGGACAACACCUGGAAUGAUUCUUGGGAAGCUUUCUUUAUCCAACAGAUGGAUGGUGCAUUUAAGGCAGAAGAGGAGAAACGGUGAAAACUCACUGAAGCCCGCACUCGUCCAUGGGGAUCUUUGGGACGGCAAUGUGUCAUUCCUUGUCGAGACUGAUGAGCCCUACAUCUAUGAUGCCAGCGCCUUCUGGGGACACAACGAAUCUGCUAUCGAGGAACUUGUGCGAAAAUUUCUGAAUGGUUAUGAGGGUUCUUUCGACUGCAAAGGGCGAAGGGCCCGAGACAGUGUUUCAUUAGGGAAAGCUGUCUCGAGAGAUGUUCAUGGACGCUGCACCCCCACAACGGUUGGUAGUGGCAUGGUUGUUGAUCAGCAGGACGAGAUGGUCCCCAGCGCCGAUCCGUACAGGCAGAUUCAGGGGCCUACAUCCAUAAAAAUGGAAAAUGCAGCGGAUGCCAUAGGCAUGGCCGUAUACAGCCCAGAAAACACUGGGUCUGAAGUUCGUUUUGGGGAGUCAGCGAUCAGCCCGAUGAGUGGUUCGGAAGCAGGCAUUCACAAGCGCUAUGAGCGCUUCGACUCUAGCAGCUGA